AUGGGGCGCUCUGCCGCUGGCCACGAGGACAACCACGAGCCAUCGGAGUCGGAAGACGACAACGACUUUCUAGAGGCGGAGAAGGGUGACGAUCCUCUGUGUCCGACGAUUAGGUUAACAAAAAUGGAGCUGAAGGCGAUCCGGGCUCCAUGGAGACAGGCUUUGAUUGUCAAAGUUAUGGGACGCAAGGUGGGAUACACUUAUCUGCAACGCCGGCUGGCGUCCAUGUGGAAGCCCAAAAGGAGUAUGGAUUUAAUCGCCAUCGACAAUGAUUAUUUUCUUGUCAGAUUCGGAUCCGUAGACGAUAUGGAAUUCGCUAUGUAUGAAGGCCCUUGGAUGGUCUUGGGUCAUUAUCUGAUCGUGAAACCAUGGGAGCCAAACUUUGAUCCAUUUAACGACACUGUGGAAAAGGUAUUUGUUUGGAUUAGAGUGCCUAGCUUGCCCGCUGAAUAUUUUGAUUUUAUUUUCCUCAGGAAGCUAGGAAACAAGCUUGGACGAACGGUUCGGGUAGAUCAGGCCACAAGUCUGGUGUCUCGAGGCAUGUUCGCCAGAGUUUGCAUGGAGAUCGACAUGAGGAAACCUUUGGUCUCAAAGUUCACGCACGAAGGAAAGGUGCAGCAGGUGGAGUAUGAAGGCAUGCACCUGGUGUGUUUUGCGUGUGGUCUCUAUGGUCAUGCAAAGGAGGCUUGUCCAACGUUGAGAGGAGAGGAGACGGGGCAGUGCAAUGAUGUGUCACACGGGCAGAACAAGAACGCUACAAAUGCCCCGCAUGUUUCUGCAGAUGCUAUGGAUCCAAAGGUACCCUUUGGUGCCUGGAUGAUCGCACCUACGCGACGAGGACGCCCCACCCUGGAUUCCUCUGGACGCAACAACCGCGACGUACAUGGCAGAGCGGGGAUGUCUAUCGCGGCUUCAAAGUUCGCUCCUUUGAGGGAGUCCGGCGAUGAGGACCACGGGGAGGAAGGGAGACCGGAGGACGUGGUGAUAACAAACGCAGAUCUUGGCGACAAGCGACCACAUCAGACUGGCCGGAGCAACGGUGAGGCAGCAUGCAGGGAUUCAAUGCUGGCAGGGAGCGUGAGAGCACGCAGACCGAACGUCAUAGCGAUCGAACAACAAAUAACCAACGAGCCGGAGAAGGGCCAGAGAUCAACGACUGACAAGGCGGAGGCCAUGCCCAAGGUACGCCGAUCAAAUGGGGGGAGCUCGAGGAAAGCAGCAGGGGAAGAUGAACACGUGGUAGUCCGAGGGUCGCAAGGAGGUUUGGUGAUCCGUUCGUCGCGCGUGUAUGUGGGUGACACCGGUGGCAUUUCUCCUUCACCAGUAUGGCAACAUCCAAUGGAGCAUCAUGGGGACCCGCCGGAGGAAUUUGAUGAGGAGGGGGACGUGGUCAUGGACCUCCAUACGAUCCAGUGGUUGGCGAAUUAA